ACUCUACCCUCAAUUCGUCCCGUUUGGCAUUUUCCUUUUCGGUGUGGGACUAGGGUUUCCAUUACAUUUAUAGCCAAACUCAGAAACACAACAACAAAGGUUCCUUUACAUUUGCAAUAACAGCAAAUCUUCUUCUUCGAUUUCACUGCUCUCGUCUAAGAAUCUGGUAAAGUUCUCGCCUUUGAUCUCGGAAUAAUACUUUCGGUUCACGUUCUAAUUCGUACAAAUGAAAUCGGAGGAAUUGAGGGUAGAGUUCUGCUGAGUUUCAAAGAAACCCCUGAGGAAGUAAUGUCACCUUCGAUUGCUCUCAUUCUGGUCCUUGCGUUCCUUCGAUUGCCUCUACUCCGAAAAGGACCCCCAAGGAAGUAACGUCACCUUCGAUUGCUCUCAUUCUGGUCCCCGCGUUCCUUCGAUUGCCUCUACUCCGAAAAGGUCUCUCUCUCAACGUCACCUUCGAUUGCUCUCAUUUUGGUCCUUGCGUUCCUUCGAUUGCCUCUACUCCGAAAAGAUAGUUGUUAUAUUCGGGAGUUGAGAACUUUUUACAGGAAUCAUGGCUAAGCAUCAUCCCGAUCUGAUCAUGUGCCGCAAACAACCAGGAAUUGCCAUCGGACGACUUUGCGAGAAGUGUGACGGGAAGUGUGUGAUCUGUGAUUCCUACGUGCGUCCAUGCACUCUUGUGCGGGUCUGUGACGAGUGCAACUAUGGAUCGUUUCAGGGUCGGUGCGUCAUCUGCGGAGGCGUUGGAAUUUCCGAUGCCUACUACUGCAAGGAGUGUACACAGCAGGAGAAAGAUAGGGAUGGAUGUCCCAAGAUUGUUAAUUUAGGGAGUGCCAAGACAGAUUUGUUCUAUGAACGCAAGAAAUAUGGUUUUAAGAAAAGAUGAUAUAUGUUGUAUGAGCUUAAAAAUAUGGUUUAUUUAGUCACUAUUAUGUAGUAGUGACACUUUGAUAGCGCAUUAAGAGUGUUUGAAAGAAUGUAGAAGUUCCAAAGUGUGUAUUUGUUGACAAUAUUGGGUUCUCAAGAAUUCCAGAAUUUCUUCUUACGAACUUAAGAGUAACAUUGAUGGUAUGUCGUAAAUUCCUAAUGGAUUUGUCCUGCCAUUGGGCAGUUUAGGUUUUUUUU